UGCAGCUUUGAAAGAGGACUAGCACACAACACACACAACAGAUUUAUCAACAAGACUUUCAAACUUUCUUGUCAAAAGUUGGACUUCAACUCCUCAAAUUGGAUUUCUGUUCUUUUAAGUUCUGCUUUUUUGCAGCUUAUUUUUCACCCUUAUUAAAUUGGGUGUUUUUCACCCCCUGACUGUGUUUCAUUGCAGGUACAAUGGCUCUUGGCGUCCUAAAUACACAAGUGAAAAGUUCCUUGAAUGGGAGUGCAUUUUUUGACCAUGGUUCUAUAGAGGAGCAGGAACCUCCACCUCCACUCCGUAGCUACCUUUGUUUGACUAUUUUCACCUGCUUUUGUCCUGCAUACCCUGUCAACAUUGUGGCCCUGGUCUUCACUAUCAUGUCUAGAAAGAGUUAUUAUCAGGGUGACUAUGAUGGGUCCAGGCGGCUGGGCAGGAACGCUCUCUAUGUUGCUAUCGCCUCCAUCAUCAUUGGCCUUCUCAUCAUUGCCAUCACCUGCACUGUUCAUUUUACCACAAUGGAGUUUUAGCACUGUGGAAGUGGAGAGAUGGAGAAAUGAACUGAGACACAGAAAACUCUAAGAAGACAUGUUGAACCUCUGUUGAUCUCUAAGAGGAGUCAGGUGGUUGGUUCAUAACAUCUGCCGAUGAAAGGACUUCAAUCUUUGCAUCACCUCAUGUUUCCUGUUCUUUACACAACAACCAACCAAGUAGUAUAAAAUGUGAUGAAUGUAUUCAACCUUUCAGUAAUUCAUUUCAAUGAUGCUUUAAAUUAAAAAAGGCAGCUUUCCACAAGUGUGAGGGGAAUCCACAGGUCACUGCAGGUUGUGUUUCAAAAUGUAUUUUCACUAUUCACUAAAAUAUUGCUAGAACUAGAAUGAUAAUAAUAAAAAAUUAAUAAUGAAUAAUAAAUUUUUUUUAUUUAAUGUUCAACAAUUUAAAAUUUACUGGUCUAAAAUUCUUACCCUUUGUUAGAAAUAUUAAGUAAUUGCAAUGAUAAAUAGCAUUUUUAUUAAUUAUUAUGAUAUUGUGUACUGUGUGUUUGUGGUAUCAAAAAUAAAAUAACUUUUUCUCA